CCCAGAACAGCUCUGCGUUCCACGGGCUUGCUGUGGCGUGUGGUCGUCCUGCCUCGCGCUGCCAGGAAGUUCAGGAACUCGGUCACCGCCCCGGCCUCCCCCCUCCUCGUCUCCUCCAUUGUUGAGCAAUAUAGCCUCUGUCUCAUCGAAACGGUCUUAACCGAAACCCCCCACUCCUAACUUUUUCCAAAGGUUUGUCAACAUUUUGACCCGCUCAGUCGAGAGGAAGGAUCUAACUUGUCGGCAGGCGAGCGCAACUAAACGGAGCCUUGAAGAACCCGGCACGAUGACAACCAUCAACACGCCCAACAUCAACUUCAAAUGGGACCCAAAGAGCCUGGAGAUCCGUACUCUGGCAGUGGAGAGGCUCCUGGAGCCCCUCGUUACCCAGGUCACCACUUUGGUCAACUCCAGCAAUAAAGGGCCGUCUGGCAAGAAGAAGGGACGCUCUAAGAAGGCUCAUGUUUUGGCUGCGUCAGUCGAGUCCGCUACCCAGAACUUCCUGGAAAAGGGAGAAAAGAUUGCAAAGGAAAGCCAAUUCCUUAAGGAUGAACUCACUGCUGCAGUGGAGGAUGUCCGCAAGCAAGGUGAAUCGAUGCGACAGGCCUCUGGGGAGUUUGCAGAAGACCCCUGCUCUUCCGUGAAGAGGGGCAAUAUGGUCCGUGCCGCCCGGGCCCUUCUCUCCGCCGUCACACAUCUGUUGGUUCUGGCAGACAUGUCUGAUGUGUAUAAACUCCUCCUGCAACUUAAACUGGUGGAGGAAAACCUGUUGAAGGUGCGUAAUGCAGGAACAGAGCAGGAACUGGGAAUCCAGUACAAGGCCCUGAAACCAGAGGUGGACAAGCUGAACAUGAUGGCUGCCAAGAGACAGCAGGAGCUAAAGGACGUCCAUCACAAGGACCAAAUGGCUGCAGCACGGGGGGUGCUGCAAAGGAAUGUCCCUAUGCUGUACACGGCAUCCUGUGCCUGCCUGCAGCAUCCUGACGUGGCAGCCUACAAGGCUAACCGUGACCUGAUCUACAAGCAGCUGCAGCAUGCCGUUUCUGGAAUCUCCAACGCCGCCCAGGCCGCUUCCACUGAAGACUCAGCCCUGACCCAGCCAGGAGGCGCUGGAGAGCUCGCUUUUGCCCUCAACGAUUUUGAUAAAAAAAUCAUUUUGGAUCCCGUGGGCUUCACUGAGGAACGCUUUCGUCCUUCGCUGGAGGAGCGCCUUGAGAGCAUUAUCAGUGGAGCUGCUCUCAUGGCUGACUCUUCAUGCACACGUGAUGACCGCAGGGAACGCAUUGUGGCUGAAUGCAACUCUGUGCGCCAGGCUCUGCAGGACCUCCUGUCUGAGUACAUGGGAAAUGCAGGAAGAAAAGACCGGAGCGAUGCUCUGAACACAGCCAUUGACAGGAUGACAAAGAAGACCAGAGAUCUUCGCAGACAGCUGCGUAAAGCCGUGAUGGACCACGUCUCGGACUCUUUCCUGGAAACCAACGUUCCCCUCCUGGUCCUGAUCGAAGCGGCCAAGAACGGCAACGAGAAAGAAGUGAAGGAAUAUGCACAGGUGUUCCGUGAGCACGCCAACAAGUUGAUUGAGGUGGCCAACCUGGCAUGCUCCAUUUCCAACAAUGAAGAGGGAGUGAAGCUGGUCCGCAUGGCAGCCUCUCAACUGGAAACUCUGUGCCCCCAGGUGAUUAAUGCAGCACUGGCCCUUGCUGCCAAGCCCAACAGUAAGGUGGCCCAAGACAAUAUGGACGUGUUCAAGGAUCAGUGGGAAAAGCAGGUUCGCGUCCUCACCGACGCUGUUGAUGACAUAACAUCGAUUGACGACUUCCUGUCCGUGUCUGAGAACCACAUCCUGGAGGACGUGAAUAAGUGUGUCAUUGCCCUUCAAGAAAAGGAUGUUGAUGGUUUGGAUCGCACAGCUGGGGCCAUCCGAGGCCGCGCCGCCAGAGUGGUCCAUGUUGUCACCUCUGAAAUGGACAAUUAUGAACCCGGCGUCUACACGGAGAAGGUUCUGGAAGCUACUAAGCUGCUCACUAACUCAGUCAUGCCACGCUUCACAGAACAAGUGGAAUCAGCAGUGGAGGCCCUGAGUGCAAACUCCUCACAACCUGUAGAUGAGAAUGAGUUCAUUGAUGCAUCGCGUCUGGUCUAUGAUGGCAUCCGCGACAUACGCAAGGCGGUCCUCAUGAUCAGGACUCCAGAAGAGCUGGAUGACUCCGACUUUGAGACCGAAGAUUUUGAUUCUCGCAGCAAGACCAGCGUGCAGACGGAGGACGACCAGCUCAUCGCCGGCCAAAGUGCACGAGCCAUCAUGGCUCAGUUGCCUCAGGAGCAGAAGGCAAAGAUUGCAGAGCAGGUGGCUAGCUUCCAGGAGGAGAAGAGCAAGCUGGAUGCUGAGGUAUCCAAAUGGGAUGACAGCGGCAAUGACAUCAUCGUGCUGGCUAAGCAGAUGUGCAUGAUCAUGAUGGAGAUGACAGACUUCACCAGAGGGAAGGGCCCACUGAAAAAUACAUCUGAUGUCAUCAGCGCCGCCAAGAAAAUUGCAGAAGCGGGAUCGAGAAUGGACAAACUGGGCCGCACCGUCGCUGACCUGUGUCCCGACUCCUCCUGUAAGCAGGACCUGCUGGCCUACCUGCAGCGCAUCGCCUUGUACUGCCACCAGCUCAACAUCUGCAGUAAAGUCAAGGCUGAAGUUCAGAACCUGGGAGGAGAGCUGGUUGUGUCUGGGUUGGACAGCGCCAUGUCCCUCAUUCAGGCAGCCAAGAACCUGAUGAACGCCGUGGUGUCUACUGUCAAGGCCUCCUACGUCGCCUCCACCAAGUACCAAAAGAACAAAAACGUAGAGGCCCCCAACAUGCCAGCGGUCGCCUGGAGAAUGAAAGCUCCCGAGAAGAAGCCGCUGGUGAAGAGGGAGAAGCAGGACGACGGGCAGACCAACCGAGUCAAGAGAUCCUCCCACAAGAAGCAUGUUAACCCUGUGCAGGCUCUGAGCGAGUUCAAAGCCAUGGAUAGCAUCUAGAACCCCCCCCCAGGAGGAGACUAUGUAACCAUAAGUUUAGGAUAGAUAGAGCCUUUUAUCGAGUCGAAUCACAGCUGUCCUGUGUUUGUGCAGCUUCUUUGGUUGACCUGUUGUACUCCUCCACUGCCUCAUUCCUACCACUCACGUUUGCUUUAAUUCGUAGCAUUACCGGCUCUUCUGUAGAGCGUACUGUCAGAAGGGAAACCAGCUGGGUGGACUUAUUUCCUUUCAUGCAUAUGAGAGGAAAAAGUGGAUACAGAAAGUGAUUCCAAGUUUGUUUGGUUUUUUUUGGGGGGGCUAAUUUUGUUUUUCUAACAUUUUUUAUGUAAAACAUUUGGAGGGUUCAUUAUGUUUUUUGUGCAGACUGCAAAUAUCAACUAUGCAAAAUUUGCUUCCCCUUUUUAUUUUAAGCAGUAAAGUAACUUUAUUAGUGAGAUAUUCAGUCCUGCUUCGUCCUUAAAGAACCAACUUCAGGCAGUUUCUGUAUGCGCUCGCCGCUUUGAAUCUUAAAAUAUUGUUCUGAAGCCACUUUAAACAACUAAUAACUUCCAACUUAUCCGUUUUGUGUCUCUGCUUUAGCAUUUUAGUAGUUCAAUUCAGUUUCUCAUCUCAAAUCAAGUUUGUCAACCACUCUUCCUGUUUUAUUCCAUGACAGCUACUUUUGAUACAUAAGGAACAAACAUCCAUUCGCUGUAGUCCCGCUUUUAAAGAUCCCCCAACUCCUGGGCGUUUGGUAGAGCCCAGAGGGGCUACAGGUUGAGCCGAGUGUGCGUCGGUACUUUCCAAAGCCACUGAGCUUCAUUUGCUACCGUGAGACCAAGCAUCUCCACAUUCUGAACGCAUUUAAUUCAAGGGGAUCAAUAUAUUCUCUUCAGUCUAGAGUUUGCCUUUAAACUUUGUAUUUCUUGUCCUUGAGCUUGAACACUAAGAUUUUAUAUCAGAAUCUUUAUAAAACGGUAAACUGUAUUUUUUCCACAUGGUAGAGCUUUAAAAUGAAAUGCCUUUUUAAAAUGUGUAAUGUAUUUUUGUUUAUCCAACUGGACCCAGUGGGAUGGAGCUGUAAGGUGCAGAGAGUCAUGCCGGUCUUUGCUUUAGAGCAGUACGUUUGUCCACAGCAACACUUUUGAGAUCCUGCUGCUUUCGUCUUGGAGACAAACCUUUGCUUUCCUGAUAACAUCUGAACUCUAGCAGGAGUGACGUGGAAGGUUAUUGGACGGAUUUUCUUUUUAAAGGUGGUCUCAGAAACAGAAAAUGUCAGUGGAUUGUUUCCUAAUCUUUUGCUCUAUUGUUUUGGUUUGAAUCUUGAGUGAAAUUAAACUACUUUGCUGUGGAUUUUGUUUAUUAUAAUUGAGAAUUUACUUAUUAGCGCAUACAUUUCUUAUAUUAAUGUGCCUGAUUUAUAUCUUAAAUAAACAACUUCAAUCCAU